AUGGUCUCGACGCGCUCCACCUCGUCCUCCCUGACCCCGGGCAUCCCGCCGACCACCCCGCGCGCCGCCAUCCGCUCGCGCUCGACCUCGCGCCCGCCGGCGUCCUCCUCCUGGGUCCACGUCCCGGACACGGUGACGCUGCUCUGGCUCGCCGUCUCCCUGCCCCUCGUGGCCUGGGACACGGGCUACAUCAUGCUGCGCCCGCGCUCGAUGCCCGGCGGGUCGCUGCACUGGCCACUGUGGGUGCCCUACAAGCUGUACGGCGAGGUCGACCACGUCUAUGGCUUCAAGCAGUGGGAUCUGCGCAACGGCUUCACGGCCGCGCAGGGCGCGCUCAACAUCGUCGAGAGCCUGUGCUACCUCGCCUACCUGUACCUGUGGCGCGCCAACGGCCGGCCCUCGGCCCGCGCCGGCGGCAGGCUCGGCGUCGCGGGCAGGCCGGCCGCGCUGGCCGUCAUGCUGGCCUUCUCGGCCGCCGUCAUGACCCUGAGCAAGACGGUGCUGUACUGGGCCAACGAGUACUUCAGUGGCUUUGAUAACAUCGGCCACAACGACAUGUAUUCCUUGAUCGUGCUCUGGAUCAUUCCCAACGGCGCCUGGAUUGUCUUCUCUGCCUACAUGAUCUACAAGUUUGGCGGCGAGAUCGUGGCCGUCCUGACCGCCGCCUCUGGACGCGCCUCCAAGAACGAUUGA